UGUAGAUCUUUAAAUAUCUUAGUUACCCCAUUGAAUAUCGAUCAGAAUCUAAUCUACUCGUCUCUUAUUUAGUCUAGUCAGUCAUGUUUAUACUAUAGUAGAGUCUAGAUCUAUAUACUAGAUCUAUAUACUAAUUAGACUAAUAUAAUGACUAGAUUUAGAUCUAUAAUAUAGUCUUUUUCAUUUUUAAUCUUGAAUCUAGACUAUGUAUUCUGGACUCUAGUCUCUAGUAUUCUAGAUUCUAGAGGUAAAGAGUAGGCUACUCAAGAUGCUUUUCUUCAUUACAAAUGUGCUUCUCUACAUUGGCGUUAUAGCAUUCCCCAAUAAGUCCUUAACUAUAUAUAAAUUGGAUUCGGUUGAAGGCAUUGACUGUCAACCAUGGUCUCUCAAUGUCAGAGAAAAUAAACACUUGUGCUGGGGUGGAGAUGUGAGUUUUGAAAAGUAUUCAAAAGACAUAGGGAGAGCUUUGCACAUGAAAAUCACUUUAGCUGAUUCUAACAAAAGCCAAUUGUUAUCCCUCAUUGAUUUUGAAGAGUGUGGGAAACAACUAGUAAAGACACAAGUAUGUGCAUAUAUGUGUUCUAACACUGGAUACAAGUCUUUCAACUAUAAUUGUGCAAAAGCAUUUAACAGCUCUGAUAAUGAAUCUAUAAUUAGUGUCCAGAUCCAUGACAAGGAUGGUGGUAUUGUAGAAGAAAAUUUACUGAAGUUGCCAUCAUUCAGCAAAGAAGAAACAUCAUCAAAACUAGCUUCAGAUUUAUCAAGUGGGACACCAGGAAAAACUGAACCAGCAACUUCAACCCCUGACUCAAGGAGGACAUCAGAACAAACUAUAGGCCUACCAGCUUUUGUUAUUGGUGUUCUUAUUGGUGUUCUUGCUUGUGUUUUCAUUGCUCUUAUUGCUGCAUUGGCAUUUUCUAUUUGGUUGAACCGCAAGCGGAGCAAGAAAAUAAAAAAGCUGAAGAAACAACUCCAUAGUGAAAGGGAGACUAAAGAUGUCAAGCCUCAAGAUGGAAAAAAAGAGUUGGAAGAAGAGCUAGGUGCUAUACAAGUCUCCCAAGAGAGUGAAAGGGAGACUAAAGAUGUCAAGCCUCAAAAUGGAAAAAAAGAGUUGGAAGAAGAGCUAGGUGCUAUACAAGUCUCCCAAGAGAGAAAAGUGAAACAAAUGUCAAGACAUUCAGAAGCCGUGCAAAAGCUUACUCAAGCAAGCGAUAAUGAUACAGAGUCUGAUGGUAUCUGUUCACCUUUGCUUGCAAUACGAGGAACCCAAUUAUCACCUGAUAUCAACACUCCAACAAGAAAUGAAGACAUUGAGACCAUAAUUGAUAUUCAUAAGCAGAGUUAAAUGACUACUAUAUGCCUUUUCUUACUGUGCUGUUUAAAAUGAGAGCAGCUGCUUUGUAAAUAAAUUUGAACUUAAGUAAUCUGCUAUAUUGGAAAACACUAUGCAAGAGAAGGUUUUGGUUAGAUAAUCUCUGUUUUCUUUUCUUUAGUUAUGAAUUGGUGCUAUGACUGGACAGGUGUUUUUUUUUUUUUUUUUUUUUAAUGGUGCUCUUUAGAAUGUUUCUUUGUUAUGUUUUUAUUUGUUUAUGUUUUUAUUAUAAAAAUAGGAUUGAGCUGAUGUGUAAAACUGUCCCAGCACCAAUGAAAAUGAUUUUGGCUUCUGACAGAAAUAAGAAGACAGCUCAUCACUGUAAAUUCAAUACUGCUUCACUGUACUUCAUUCAUUUACUGUUAACACUCUAAUUGUAGUCUGCAUAUACAUUGACAGCUUUUCUUUUAUUGUAUUUUUUAACAUUUUAGUUUUUUCAUUUUACUGAUUACUAAAUAUAGUGUUACUAUUCAGCAUUCUGAUGGUGAGAAUCCCUGUCAGUCUAAGCCUUAUUACAGGUGAAGUUACAUUCUACUCUUGUAAAUUCUUAUCUGAUCUAUACGCACAACUAAAACGUAUCAAAAUUAGUUAGUUUUCAUUGUUUUACUAUUACAAUUUUUGUUAUUAUAUUUGAGGUAUUUAAUAUUUUAAAAAGUUUAAAUAAUUCAGUUCAAAAAAUUAAUCUGAAUACUACCUUUUUUUUUUUUAAGAAAAGUUUUAUGGGUUGAUGCCAAGGUGUACAUAUGUAUUAUAACACAAAAAAAAAGAUAACUGCCAAAUAUGUCGCUGCUAUUAGUUUUAUGUGGUCUGUCUGUCCAUCUGUCUGGUUUAGAUCUCAAAUGCUAGAAAAGAUUUUGAAAAUCUGAUAUCAAGAUUUUUUUUUUACAUCAUUGAAAAUCUGGUGCAAUGGCUACUUUUUUUUUCUGAAAGCAAAACUAUGCAAGCUGUUUUUUCAUAAAUUAUAUUUAUUUUUUUACACAUGCAAACAGUUUUUCUUUUUUUUCUAAAAUAAUGUUAUUAAAAUUACUAAAUUAGGUAUUUUCUGUCAUAUAAGCUAUUACAUUUUAAGAGUUAGAAUGCAUUUAGUAUGUAUUAAUAAUUCUAAUAUAAUCUAAAAAAAAUAAUAAGCAGUGUUUCAUAUUGCUUUUUUUAGAUCAUGUAUAAUUUUUGUGAUGUCUUGUAUGAAGGAACUGUUGAAUCUUUCUUAUUUUAAUGGGUUUCAUUUGAUUUAUUCUAUCUUGUUUCUAGCAUGUCAGAAAUUAAACAGUUCUCCUUUAUUUUAAAAAUGUUUAUUAGUAAGACAUACAUCUAUUCAUCUAAUCACUGCUAAUAAAAAUAAUGAGGUUGAUCCUGAUGAUUAACACUAAAAUAAAGCAAAGAAGCUAAAAUGAUUUGAAACAUAAACAAAAAAAACACCUGCUAGUUUAUGAUUCUAACAUCACAAGAGAGAUACAAGACACCCAUCACACAAACUCUUUUUAUUCCCUUGGCAAUUGAAUCAUUUAAUAAAAUCAAAGUUUCUGAGGUAAAUUUCACAUGUAAUGUUUAAGAGAUGGGAGUUCCCGGUUUCGAAUCCUGGGAUUUUUUUAUUUCGGGAUCUUUGGGCGUCUCUGAGUCCACCCAGCUCUAAUGGAUACCUGACAAUGGUUGGGGAAAAGUAAAGGCGGUUGGACGUUGUGCUGGCCACAUGACACUGUGCUCGUUAACUGUUGGCCACAGAAACAGAUGACCUUAACAUCAUCUGCCCUAUAGACCACAAGGUCUGAAAGGGGAACUUUUUUUAUGAGUCUACCCAAAUCAAAUAGAAUCUGACAUUAAGCAGUUGGUCACUGUACUGACCACAUGACACCUUCAUUAACUGUUUGCCAUAGAAACGGAUGACCUGUAGAUAGGAAGGUCUGAUACAUUAAUUUUUUCUUCUUUCUAAUGUUUAAUUUCUAAUUUUAUAUAUAUAUAUAUAUAUAUAAAAUAGUGCAAUAAUCUAUAAUUCAUUUGCUCUUAAAAUGUUGCUAUGUGUUAUGCACAAUUGUAAUACAAAUUUUCCUUGAGGUAUGGAUGAGUAAGAUUAUUAUUAUUAUUAUGUUUUUUAUCAUUGAAUGACUAAGAAUAUUAUUAUUAUAUUUUUUAUUAUUGAAUGAGUAAGAUUAUUAUUUUUUUUUUAUUAUUAUUGAAUGAGUAAGGUUAUUAUUAUUAUAAUUAUUUUUUAUCAUUUACACCAUUCUUUUGUUUAACUCAAAUAAACAUAAGAAGUAUUUUUUAUAGAA